AUCAUUCUCUUUUCCUCUUUUCAUCAUCUAUCUUUUUAUCUGUCAAAACACAAACAAAGAAAAAAUUUUUACACAAUUACUACAUAAAAACUUGUAUUUUCCUUGUUAAGAGACGAAAAAAGUGGUAUUUCAUUUAACGCUAAACUCUAACGAGUGUAAUUAAAUUAUUUUUUUAUGAUUUAAUAAUUACGCUACGUAAUUGAAAAAUCUGCUGAAAAAUAAUAGAAAAUAACUAUUGAAUAAUUAAAAAAUAAAAAAAUUAGAAGAAAAAACUGCGCAGUUUGUGUGUGUGGCAAAUAGAAGAAAAAGCAAAAAAAGAAGUACGACAUAAAAGAAAAAAAAAAAAAACGAAAAAAGUAGAAAAUUUAACUGCAUAAAGGCGAAAAAUUAUUACGUUUUGAAAGAUAUUUUUUUGUUGGUGUUUUCUUUAUAUUUUUGGUUAAUUGAUUGUGCUGGUCGAGAGAGAUUAAAUUGAAAUAUGGCUACACGUAAGAAGUCGCUGUUGAAAAUCAUCAUUUUGGGCGACAGCAGUGUUGGAAAGACCUCAUUGAUGAAUCAAUAUGUAAGCAAACGUUUCUCAAAUCAAUAUAAGGCCACUAUUGGUGCUGAUUUCUGUACAAAAGAGGUGGUGGUCGAUGAUCGUGUUGUCACAUUGCAAAUCUGGGAUACUGCGGGUCAAGAGCGUUUCCAAUCAUUGGGCGUUGCUUUCUAUCGUGGGGCCGAUUGUUGUGUCUUGGUCUAUGACGUCACAUCGCCCAACUCAUUCAAGAACCUAGACUCAUGGCGCGAUGAAUUCCUAAUACAGGCCAGUCCCCGAGAUCCCGAACAUUUCCCAUUCGUUGUGCUGGGCAACAAGGUGGACAUGGACAAUAGGCAGGUGUCGACACGACGAGCCCAACAAUGGUGUCAAUCGAAAAACGACAUACCCUACUUUGAGACAUCGGCCAAGGAGGGCAUUAACGUGGAAUUGGCCUUUCAGACUAUCGCCAAAAAUGCAUUGGCCCAAGAAGCCGAAGUUGAGCUGUACAAUGAAUUCCCCGAUCAAAUUCGUUUGAAUGCUGAUCGAAACAAUCGUCCCGGAAAUGCUGAUAACUGUCAAUGCUAAUUUAAGCUCUACUCUCUUCUACAUUUACAUACGACAAGUGUAUUUAUGAUGCUGGUUGCUGGCUGGCUGGUGGCUAUCGGCCUCCCCUUUUUUAUUACAUACAUAUUAUAAUUUUGCCCAUACUUUGCGUGUCCGGUAAAUGUUAUAUUGUUUUCUUGUUUAUGUUAUUUUUCACAAAAACUUUAAACCUUCCUACCAACUUUUCUUUUCCCUAAGAGCUGAUCAAAAAUAAAGUGUCAAUAAUUUAAAUAAAAAACUUUAAAAAUGUAAAAUUAUUCAUCUUUUAAAAAUAAUCUACAGCUAUAACAAUGUACUACUCACUCCCCCCCCCUUUCUGUUAUAACAAAAUUUUUUCCAUUGCAAAAAUUAAUUUACGAACAACUUGUGUUAGUAAAACAAUUAAGAAAUUAUAUUCAUUUUUAAUAAUUUAAGAAAUUAUUUUAAAAAACAAAUCUAUAUAAAAAAAACAUGUUUGUAUGUUUAUUAAAUUAAAUUUCGAUUAUAGUAUAUAAUAUACAUAUAAAGAAAUAAUCAUAAUAAAAUUAAAUUAAAUAAAAUUCUUUAAUAUAAUAAAAUAAAACGAAAUAAAAUUUAUAAACAAAAAACCAAUACAACAACAACAUAAAAUACAAUGAUAUGCUAAAUACGAGAGAAAAAAUAAAUAGUAAAUAACGAGUAAAAAAUACAUACUUAUUUAAUAAAUACAAACGUAAACGAAUAGAUAUUCAAUAGAAAAAAAAACACACAUUACACUGUUUCCAAUAUGAAUUUAGUAUUAAAAAUGAUUUCGUUAAGUAAAGAUUACUAUAGGGAUUAUAAUGUUAAAGACUUUAUGCUGAAUUGUUUAAAACCUGUUCCAAUUAUGUAUAUAGAGUUUGCCAUACGCCUUAUCUGACUAUUGAAGAUCUAAUUUCAGCAGCAAUGUCUUCUCUGAGUAUGGACAGGUCUGCCUACACGUUUCUGGCCCUGGAGAUUCCGAUUGAUAGCCAUCUAGUAAUGUCAUUUGGCGGCUUUCUGAGUAUGUGCCCAAUCAAACGCCAUUUGAACGGGAGUUUGUUAGGUGUACGAUUUUACGGAGGUAACUGUUAACAAAAACAUGAAUAGUAUUGGUGUCAUCCGAUUCAGCAUUCCACGAUUCUCUAUCAUAAAGUAAUAUAAUAUAGAAGCGAUCGUUUUGAGUUAUACCAGUCUCGUAAUGAAUGAGCAAUAAUAAUUGUAGAUCUGGAACAGUGUUGCCUACACAAGUAAGCCUUUUGUUCGUAUAAAACAUACAAUUUUGAAUAAAUUUGCUUUCGAAACGAAUAACAAAAUAACCCUCCAGUUGAAUGAUGUUGAUUAUUUAUUUACAGAUAAAAAAAUUUAAAAGUUAUUUUGAUGAUUUUAAAUCAAUACUCUUGAGGUAAUUUUAUCAAGAAAAAGGAAAUUUUUGAAAAGCUGUACAAACUUUAAAGUUUAAACGUCGUAGGUAUUACAGUUAUUCUAAGACUUUGAUCAAUAUCUGAGUAAUUGAAGGACGUUCGUUGAUUAAGAGUAUAUAGAAACAAAAGUCACUGAGAUGAUUCUGCGGUAUUUUAGAAAUUCCAAAUUAGUAGAAUUAAACAGAUUUCAUUAUUUUAUACCUGUCUCAUCUUGUUAAAUAAUUUAUGUUGGAAAUAGUGUACAUAGUUGCAAGGAAAAAAAUACAAAAACAAAGCAUAGAACAAAAGCCGUUAGCCUUAGUAAAAGCUUUUCGUGCUCACUUUUUGUUUAUUUUUUAUUAUUUUAAAAUCAUUUUAUUAUAAGUAAAUAAUAAAUAAAUAAAUAAUUGUAAUUAAUAUUCAAAAACUUAUUAAUAAAGUACAUAAUAAACAAAACAAACUGAAUAAAACCAUACAUAUAUGCAA